AUGCUGAUCACUGGAAGCAUUAAUACGCUUUCCACGAAGCUCCAGUUUCAGCUCCACAGUCUCGGCAAGGAUGGAGAAGAGGAGACCUUCAGGAAACCUUGGUUUGGAACCUUCAACAUGCUCUUUGCCAUGGCACUGGUUCUGCUGGUGGAACGUUUGGUCACUGCCUGCACUGCCAGCUGCUGUGGUGCUGCACCACAGAUGAUGGCCGAGUCCUCCAAGGAAGGCCUGCUGCCAAAGCCAGGAGAGGAGAAGGGUCGCAAGCGCAAGAUUGCCAUGGUGGCCGUGCCAGCGGCCAGCGAUUUGUUAGCAACGGCCUUGGCGGCCAUUGGCAUCAUGUACAUUCCGGCCAGCGUCUGGCAGAUGCUGAGAGGAGCGACACUGUUCUUCACCGGAAUCUUUUCAGUCAUCUUCCUGAAGCGAAGGCUGCAGGCCUUUCACUGGAUAGGUUUGAUGCUGUGCAUGGCAGGCGUCGUCACAGUGGGCUACGCCAGCGUUGCGGGCGACACCGGCGGCGGAGAGGACGCGGCGGCGAAAGCGAACGCGUCGGCGGUGCUCUUCGGCGUGACGCUGACGUUGCUGUGGCAGGUGGUCCAAGCAGCACAGGUGAUUCUGGAGGAAUUCCUCAUGAAAGAUGUGAAUCUCCCAGCGGUGGAGAUAAUCGGAUUCGAAGGGAUUUGGGGCGUGCUGAUGAUGGUGGUCGUGGUCUACCCAGCGCUGUGGUUGAUCCCUGGCCCGGAUCAUGGACACCAAGAGGAUCUGGUGGACACUCUGGUGAUGUUUUACAACAGCAGUGUGGUGCAGCUGGUGGUGAUCAUCUACUUAUUUUCCUGUGGCACCUUCAACAUCACUGGCAUCGCCGUUACUGGGGCCUUGUCCGCGGUGCAUCGCAUGAUGCUGGAUGCCUCGAGGACCAUGAUCAUUUGGGGCGUGGGCUUGUUCGUCCACUACCAGAUCGAUCCCGCGUCGCCCUUCGGAGAACAAUGGACCGAUAGCAGUCAGCUGCAACUCUUUGGCUUCGUGAUCCUCAUCACGGGUCAAGCGAUUUACGGCGAGAUCAUCCGAAUACCGGGCGUGAGGUACCGCACUGUGAGCGAAGACCUGACGAAGUUCGCCUCACCCAGCGCUUCCUUACACUUCGCCUCGCCGGCGGUGGGCCCCGUUGGAUGA